CGCUCGGGGGUGGCGGCCGGCGGGCUGAGGAGGCGGCGUGUGUGCCGAGGAGGCCGGGCCGCGGAGGAGGAGCCGCGCUCGUCGCCGCCGCCCUCUCGGCCCUCCCGAGUUUCCCGGGCUACCGCGGCUUUAAGCCCCGGGCGUCGGUGCCCUCGCGUACGGCCCGGCUCGGCUGCAGCCCGCCGUGCGAGCGGCCGCCGGGGGCCCGGCCAGGCGGGGCGGGCCGGGCCGACUCCCCAGCGCUGGCAGCGUGCGGACCCCGCGGCCCCGAUGCCUGGGCGAGCAGAGCGGAGUGGUUGGUGGUGGUCGGAGCUGUGCCGGGGUCCCCCGGAGGCGAGCCGCAGGGACCGAGUGUGAGUUUUGUAUGAUUUGGUCUCCUGGGAUUAUGCCUUAGCAAGAAAGAAGUUGGAAAUACUCCUGGAAGAAAACUAGAACGAUACAGAAGUCACAGCUCAUUCUUUUCAUGGUUAUCAGCCACCUUACAAAUAUGGACACAUUUCCUAGUAUAUUUCCACCUAGUGGAGACAGUAGGCUUAAUCCUGAACCUGAGUUUCAAAAUAUGUUAAUUGAUGAAAGGGUACGAUGUGAACAUCAUAAACAUAAUUAUCAGGCUCUGAAAAUUGAACACAAAAGAUUGCAGGAAGAAUACGUAAAAUUACAAAAUGAACUUAAGCGUGUGCUACAUGAAAAGCAAACUAACCAGGAAAAGUUCCAACUGCUCCUUGAAGAAUUAAGGGGGGAACUAGUAGAGAAAAUUAAAGACUUGGAAAAAAUGAAACUACAGGUAUUAACACCACAAAAAUUGGAAUUGGUAAAAGCCCAAAUACAACAAGAAUUAGAAGCUCCAAUGCGAGAACGUUUUCGGACUCUUGAUGAAGAAGUGGAAAAGUAUAGAGCUGAAUAUAAUAAGCUUCGCUAUGAGCAUACAUUUCUCAAGUCAGAAUUUGAACACCAGAAAGAAGAGUUUACUCGUAUUUCAGAAGAAGAAAAAAUGAAAUAUGAAUCAGAGGUUGCACGACUGGAGAAGGAUAAAGAGGAACUACAUAACCAGCUGCUUAGUGUUGAUCCCACAAGAGACAGCAAACGAGUGGAGCAACUUGUUCGAGAAAAAACCCAUUUGCUUCAAAAACUGAAAGGUUUAGAGACUGAAGUAGCAGAAUUAAGGGCUGAGAAAGAGAAUUCUGGUGCUCAGGUAGAAAAUGUCCAAAGAAUACAGGUGAGGCAGUUGGCUGAGAUGCAGGCUACACUCAGAUCCUUGGAGGCUGAAAAGCAGUCAGCUAAGCUACAGGCUGAACGCUUAGAAAAAGAGCUACAAUCAAGCGAUGAACAAAACACUUGUUUACUCAGCAAAUUGCAUAAAGCUGACCGAGAAAUAAGUGCGCUGACCAGUGAAGUGAAAGAGCUUAAACAUUCAAACAAACUAGAAAUAACUGACAUCAAACUGGAGGCAGCAAGAGCUAAGAGUGAGCUAGAAAGAGAAAGGAAUAAGAUCCAAAGUGAACUGGAUGGAUUGCAGUCAGACAAUGAAAUUCUCAAGUCAACUCUCGACCAUCAUAAAGUGCUCUUGGUGGAAAAAGAUCGUGAAUUAAUACGUAAAGUACAAGCUGCCAAGGAAGAAGGUUACCAGAAGCUCAUGGCAUUACAAGAUGAAAAGCUCGAACUUGAGAACAGAUUAUCAGACUUAGAGAAAAUGAAAGUGGAACACGAUGUCUGGAGGCAGUCUGAAAAGGAUCAGUGUGAAGAGAAACUGCGGGCUUCACAGAUGGCAGAAGAGGCAGCCCGGAGGGAGCUUCAGAGUAUUAGGUUAAAACUUCAACAACAAAUUGUGAAUACUGAAAAAGCAGAAAAAGAAAAACUUGAAAAUUCUGAACUGAAACAGCAAAUCAGUCAUUUACAGAUCCAAGUGACCUCACUGACACAGUCAGAGAACGACUUGCUGAAUUCAAACCAAAUGCUGAAGGACAUGGUGGAGAGAUUAAAGCAAGAAUGUCGAAAUUUAAGAAGCCAAGCUGAAAAAGUGCAACUAGAAGUUGAAAAGGCAUUGGAGGAAAAACAGAUACAGUGGUUGGAAGAAAAGCAUAAGCUUCAUGAGCGUAUCACGGACAGAGAAGAAAAGUAUAAUCAAGCUAAAGAGAAACUGCAACGAGCUGCAACUGCUCAGAAAAAGAGAAAAGCUCUUCAUGAAAACAAAUUGAAGAGACUGCAGGAGAAAAUGGAAGUCUUGGAGGCAAAGAAAGAAGAACUAGAAACAGAAAACCAGAUGUUAAAUAGACAAAAUGUCCCAUUUGAAGAAUAUACAAGGCUUCAAAAGCGACUGAAGGACAUACAGAGAAGACAUAAUGAAUUUCGAAGUCUAAUUUUGGUUCCUAACAUGCCUCCAACAGCCUCGAUCAACCCUGCUAACUUUCAGUCAUCAGCCAUAGUCCCUGGAGUAGAACCCUCCUUUCCCCCUCAUAUGCAGGAGGAACAGCAUCAAAGAGAACUCUCUCUACUUCGAAAAAGACUUGAAGAACUAGAAACUACACAAAGAAAACAACUAGAGGAACUUGGAUCUCCUGGGGAGUGAUGCUAGAAGAAAGGCAAAGCCAAAAACUCAAUAAAAGCAUGAAGUUUAACACGUGGCAUUGAGAUGCUUUAUUACUGUUUGCCAAAAAUCCAUGAGCUGCCUCAAGAAAAGGUACUGGCUAUAUGCUGCACUGCAUGGGUUCCAGGACUUUAGGCUUAUGUUAACAGACAUGAAGUCUUUGGAGUUUCAGAGACACUUAGAAUACGCAUUGGCAGUCUUUUGACCAUGCAAAAAAUAAAAGGAACUAGUUAAUUAAGGAAUCAAGUUUGCAAAUCAUUAAUUUUUAUUUUGUUGAUAUUUUCUGGCAUAUAUCCUUAUUUCCUUGGUAAUCAUCUUUGAGAUGUCUGGCAUUAACAAGAUCAGUAAGCAUUUCUUUUAUUAUAUACAGAAAUUGUAAACCAAAAGUUUUAGAAAAGAUGAUUUAAAAGUAUAAAAAACACUUAAAAGUUUCUAAAUAUGUGUUCAUUGUAGAAAUCUUAACCUUUUCUAAAA